UGGCCAUGCGAGAGGUUAAAAAGAAUCCACAAAACACUUGUUAAAAUGAUAUAAAAACGAUUCAGCGUCAAUUGGCAGACAUCAGUUGCUUGCUCUUCACCGUUCAAACUAAACCAACUAUUCCCAACAAAAUGUUCGCUAAAGUGAUCGUUAUCGCCACCCUGGCCAUCGCCAGCGUCGCCGCCAAGCCUGGAGUGCUAGCCGCGCCAGCAGCGGCAGUUGCCUACUCGGCUCCACUGGUGGCCGCACCAGCUCCAGCUUUUGCCUACACCGCCGGAUAUGCCAAUGUGGGUGACUCCGCCGUAGUUACCUCGCACAACUCGCAGCUCAUCGACCCGUCCUACGCUGCGUACACAGCCGCUGCUCCGUUGGCCUACUCGGCCGCUGCCAUUCCGGCUCUGGCUGCUGCUCCGUACUCCGCGCGUCUUGCCUACGCCGCCCCAUUUACCACCAAGUUUGUGCUGUAAAUUGACUUGGAUAAUGAGGUUGUGCAGUUUGUUAAGUUUUGCAGUUUUAUAUGAUGUCUAACCGAUCUAAUAUUAACUGGAUACAGGCAGUACAAAACGGAGAAAUUGCUUUUCACUUUACGGGGAACGAUGAAAGAAAAUCUGUUCGUUGUCUCCACCUACCCAAUGUUCUGGUUUCAGUAAUUUACAAAAUCAGGAUUUUCUGCUGAUCAGUACGGUUGUCCCCGUUUCUUCCUUCACUCAAUUCAAAAAGGUUUGUCAAUCAUGUUAUUCAUAAGAGAUAACCUGAUUGUCUUAAAUUUUUGAAUUAUCUUUAAACCCAUUAGUCUGCACAGUGAGCCUGGCCAUUUUAAUAUUUGUGUCACGUCUCUGACAUGCUGCGAAUAUGAAUGCUGACAAGAAAAUAUCAAAAGAUUUUUUGAUAUUUCCUGGAUGCUUUUCAAUACUGGCUGUGCAAGCACUAGAAUAGA